AUGGCAAACAAAAGAAUGCGAAAGCUAAUCCAAAAUAGCCAAAGACGAUCUAGGAGAGAAGAAUCAAGUAACAGAGGAGUUGAUGAUGGAAAUGAAUCACAAUAUACAACAUCCCAUUCACCAUUGGAGAUACAAAAUGAGGAGGUUAAUGAACAAGUUGAAAAUGAGGUCAUGUCUUCAUCCCAAAGUCAGCAAAGAAAACGUGGCAAGACUAUCAUGAGAGAUAUUCAUGCAUUACAUCCUGAUCAUGUGCUCGUUGUUGAAUUCAAUGAAAGGGGACAACCUUACGAUUGGAGAAAAAUGCCGGCAAAUCGCCUGAAUGAUGCAUGGAAACUUGUUACCGCACGUUUCUAUAUUCCCAAUCACCAUAGAAGAGUUAUAAUGCAAAUGAUGGGGGCCGCAUGGAGACGGUGGAGGACUGAAGUGAAAGCUACAUCUUAUGAUUCAAAUACUUCACUAGAAGAGCUUGUUGCAAUACAACCCAUUCCUCAUGGAUUGACACCUCAAACUUGGGAAGUUUUAUGUAACUAUUGGAAGUCUACUGAGAAAACUUCAAAAAUCAAUAGAGAAAAUGCAAACAAAAAGAAAGGGACUCAUGCACAGGGAUGCACUAAUAUUCCGUCAUUGGAAUAUAAAUUUUCUCAAGAGAAUGGUAGAAAACCAAGUCGUAUUGAAAUACAACAAUUAAGUCGGAGAAGUAGAAAGAAAGGAGGUGCCGCUAUUGACGAUGAGGCAAUACGAAUUGAGAAUUUACUUAAAGAGGCUGUAGAUCGUCUCCUCCAAGAUAAACCUGAAGGAACACAACCAUUGGAAGUUCAUGAGGAGGCAUUUCGUGAGGUUUUUGGACCUGAGCAUUCUGGUCGGGUGCGAUGUUUAGGAGCUGGUGCGCUACCUAGCCAAGUUUUCCCAGAGCAAUGUAAACGUACCUCAAUGUAUUGGCAAGAUUAUCACUCAAAUUCAGAUUUGACGGACAAAUUUAACGAAAUGAGAGAGAAAAUUAAAGAUAUGGAGUUGCGAGAAGCACAACGACAAACAGAAAUAGAGCUGAUGAAAAAACAAAUGCAAGAUAAUGAUCAGAUCCAAAAUUUUGCACGAGUAAUGUUAAGUAUGAUGUCGAGAAGUGUUGGGGGCUCUCGUGGACCCGAAUUAUUACCGGCACAAAUGGCAGCUAUGUUUGCAAAUAUUAUGCAACAACAAGUUCCAUCACGUGCGGAAGAAGAUAGGUGUAGAUCCUCCUCAUCACCAGAAACAGAUAAUAACUAG